AUGGCCUGUCGAGAUCCCUGGGUGUUGUACACUAUAUGUACUUCUCUCAUUCGCUACACGUUAAAGGGAUUGUACGAAGACAAGCUUCCUCGAGACAUUCCUGAAGUGGGUUUAUUGGUUCAGUUUUUGAUGUUCGGUUUGAGUUAUGAUCUCAGUCCACCAGCACUAUCAGCCGUCUCGACUAAAGAUCGGUCCAGUGGCUCGAAACGCAGCAGCUCGCCUGGAUUGGAAGAGGAUACAGUCUAUCCCAAGUGUCCACAAAAGGCUCUGGUCGGAUACAUCCUACCUGCAGUUGCCCAACUACAAGUGCUUACCUGGCGAGCCCAACUGGCUGAAGAGAUUCUGGCAACAAGCCAUCACUUGUGGCCCGGUUAUAACGUUGGUCAGAUUAUUGGUGUCCCCUGUCCUGGUGGUACCACUUCUGGUGCGAGUGAUCCUGGCCCUGGUUCUACUCCUCGCAGAUCCAGUGUAUCCGGCACGUUGGAUUCGCGAGAGUCCACCCAACCUCCCUCUGCAAUGCAAAAGCAGAUAUCAGACGCAGCUCAAUCCACUUCCGUAACAUUGCCCGCUGAUUACCUGGCUCACCCCAUCGGUUAUCUGAUCUUACAAUAUCACGCAUUGUUUGCACUCGAACGUAACGAGCUGACGGUUCUACGCGUGUUGUUAAAAACUGCGGCAUCGGCUGUACAGCAUCACUCCCGAGCAAGUCGCUCAACAAGCAAAUCAACGCCGAACAAAACUGCUUGUGCUUCUCCACCACCGUCAUCCAUCACCACAUCCGCAUCGAGUUCGAUCCCGACUCAGGCAUCGUCUCCCAUACCUACGGCUUCUUCUGCAGUCUGUUUUCGUUGGCGUCCAGAAGUUUUACAAGCUUUAGUGUUGGGCAUCUCGCGUCUGCCCAGCUCCUGUUCCGCCUUUGUUGACGCAAACCGGCCGGGUCACCAUGCUGCAGGUCCUGACUCCUCAACCCUGGGUGAUAAUGGUCCCCAGAUAGAUGUCGGCGCUAACACUACUGGAGGUUCAGUCACUGAGCACAACUCUGCUACCGGAUCGACAACCAGCGAGCAUUCGGCUGGAACAAUGCCUGGUGGGAGCGGUAAAGCUGUCUCUACAACGGGACAUUCAGGUCCAUUGUUCGACAAUCGCAUUGCUACCAGUAUGCCUAUGAUCAGCCGAGCCGAAUUGGCCAUGCUUUUGCGGGCCAGUUUGACUCUGGUCAACGACUUGAACCUGUUGGCGUUAGCCCAAAUAGCUCUACUUGUCCCCGGACCACAACCGGGAACACCAACUAGUGGGACAAGUGGAACGGGGGUACCAAGCACCGGAUCUAGUUUUCCCGCAGCCAGUACUCCGUUGACACCAGACGCACCUAAUCCCACAUCUGUUUCCAUGAUCGGGGGCACCCUUAGCUCUGGGGCCAAAAUUGGUUUAUACGGUGGUUACGGCCAGCAAACUCCGUUCUUAUCCGUGAGCGGAACGUCCGGUUCGUGUCGAAUCGGACCGUUCCAUAUGCCCAAUCAACCAGACGCUUGGUCCGGUGCGACUCCUCGAAGUCCUACCUCAAGUCGAUUUUCAAGGUCGUUGAGCACAGGAAGUACAAAUGGGGGUGGAACGUCUUACGUGUCUGCAUCGCGUUUAGAGUCCCGUGGCCCUGGCUCAUCCUCCUCAUCUGCUUAUUAUCAAUCGCAGGGAUUAAAUGCACCAUUACCAAUGGGAACCCCGUUAACCAAUCCCGGACAAGUCGGUCUGGGCGGGGCUACACCUAGUCUAUCUAGUUUAGUUGGAAUGAUCCCACCCACACCGAGGCGUCCGUCUACACCACCUCGGGAGUUCCUUCCGUCGUCUCCGGCGGUGGCCACAACCACAAGUGGCCUAAAUAGUUUCAAUCUACCAUCUCAUUUGAGUGCUUAUGGUACGGAGUUCCAGUCUUCUUGUCCUUCGCCUUCGAUACAUCGUUCGAACAAUGGAGGAUUACGAAACACACGUUCGUACUCGACGGCAGCUCGCCCCCAUUCUCCGAACCAAGACACUUAA